AUGGCCCGUAUUGGCCCGAAUCGUGGCGGCCUGAUCGGGUUGGCCGACCCGAUGGAGGAUGGCCACCACCGCGACCGUGAAGCCACCAAGGAAGAAAUCGACCAGAAUAUCGAGAUGGAGGCCGAAGAAGAAGCCGAAACCGCGGAGAAUUCAGCCGAAAAUUCUGAAGAACCGCCAUCAGUACAGACGCGGAAUGCCGGCGACUCUUUCUUGAAUGCGUCACCCAGACGGGUGGAGGAACCGACGACGAGGGAUACGGAAGAAGCGCCGGAACUGACCGAUGAUUUUGAGGACAUCUCCUUUGGCGGAAAGAUUAUUGACGGUGGAUUGACAGACGAGUUUCCGUCCGAUUUCUCGAACCGCGAGGUUCAGAAUUUCUUCGAUGAGGAGCCCCGAAAAGAGACGCCAGAGGUCAAGCCGGAGCCGGAAGUACAAACUACGACACUGUCACCACCACCACCACCCCCGCAACGUCAUCAUCAAACCGGGGAUUCGAUUCAGAAGUUGCCCCAACCAUCCCAGCCAAUGUUCAUCACCAGGGAGCAACUGCUCGAAAACCCGCCGCAGGAGCUGCUAGCUACCGUACCCCCCACGAGGCCUCCGCCUCCACCACCACCUCCUCCAACUCUACGGCCACAGCCGCCGUUGUUCAUCCCCGAGCCCGAGGCCGAGCAGCUCGACUUUGACUCCACGGAGCUGCUGGAAGGAGCUGAGGAGCACCCGCUCGUCUCGAUGUUCCCGGCCACCUUGGACCGAGAAGCCCGAGCCCUGCAGAGACAAUUCUGGAGGCCAAAGCCUUUGGAACACCGCGCACCUCCUCCCCCAAUGCAACCCGAAGAGGAGAUCUACCUCAUGGAGGAGGCGCACAAUGAGAUCGAGAGCCCAGCUCGAACUCGCCCGCUGAGCAGUGCCAACCCAAUGUUUGCCAACAACAAGGUUGAUAGCCGCUCCCUCCAGCCCAGCGCCCCUCAGCCUCCGAUCGCUCCUUCCGGUUACGGUAGCGCCGAGGAGAUUCAGCCAUAUUCCCCACAACAUCGUGCUCAGGGUUGGAACAAACCGAUUAUGCCAUCAAAUAGACCUAACCACCAUCAGGGCCCACAACAACCAUCCCUGCCUGAUGUCUUCCCACAGCAGAGAGGGCAGAAGCCCCAGGGUCCCGCCCCGAUCUCUGAUGACACCGUCAAAGCACUGGAUUGGAUGCUAAACAACAUCACAAAAGCUGCGGAGGCUGGGGACAAGCAAUUUUUGAAAACAUUCCAGCCGGAAUCGUCGAAUCCACCCGGAUACUCACCCACUUUUGAGCCAUACCAGCCUGCCGAGCCACUGCCUCCAGGAACCCGCCGCGUCAGCUACGGUAUCAGCAAGAAGAAGCCGGGCAUCUCGAAAAAGGUCGGGGCACCGACAAAUGCUCAUCGACGUCAGCAUGGCUGGGCGCCGCAGCACGACGGCGAGAUGAAGCCAAAAAUCGGGCGCAAAAAGCUGCAAAAAAGGCCGCCCGGGUUGAGCAGGAGGAAGAUCCAAGCGGUCACCCAGCAAAGUGAGCACAAAAACACGGGAGGCUACGAUGGACGUAGAGCGCUCGCCGCUCGACAGCUUCCGGUUCAGAAAUCCCCAGCCGGCCAGGCGUUGAUCGACGAGAUCGACGAGUUGCAGGCAUUAAUGGGAAGUAUAGAAAAAGAGCUGAAACUCGUCGGGGCCAAGAAGGAGAAGGCACGAGUCGCCAUGGAGGAAUUUAAGAAAGACGAUCUUGAAAACCCAGGCCUUGACGGUGAUCGAUUUAUGGGCGAAAAAGUGCUCAGGCACACCAAUGCCAUGGAUCUGGAGCUGGCGCCGAGGCGGGGCUUUGAGGUUCAAAGAGGCGCUUCUAUUGGAAUUAUUGAGCAACACCAGAAUGAGCCGCUGAUCUUCUCGGAUGGCCCUGUAGCGGAAAUUGGAUCCGCCGGAACCUGGAAACCGUGGUCAGUGUGGGGCAAGUGCUUCUGCGGAAAUCAGGUCCGAACACGGGCCUGUGACUAUGUGGAAGGCGUCACGACGAUUGGGUGUGAAGGCCCCUCCUACCAAAGCCGACCGUGCAAAGGAGGUGUCUGCCCGGCGAGGGAUCCACACCCCCGGCAAACGAUAAAGCUGAGACCGUCGGUUCCGGAAGAGGAGCCGGAAUACGAAGUGCCCAGCCGCACGGAUCGAGCCUACUUCCGGCAACGAGCCUUGGCCCCAGCCGGGUUUGUCGCUCUC